AUGGCAUUUCAUUACCUAGUUUUAGCCGGGUUUAUCAUCUUCAUGGCUCUUGUUCCGUUUCGCGCUGGUCAACAAUAUGUUGAUGAUAGUUGUUGUACAACUCAGGUAUUUUUUUAGUUUUCCUGGUUUUUUGUUUCAAAAACAUAAUUUUCAAUGUUUCCAGGAGUCCAUUGAAAGUAUCAAAACAACUGGUAAAGAUCGAUAUUUGAAUAUUGUUAUUGUAAGUUUUAAUCUAUUUUUUUCCAUAUAAAAAUUGUGUUUGUUCAGGCUGCAACUUUGAAUGGAGCAAUAACUGCAAUUGAUGGAGAUACGGGUGAUUUUUUAUGGAAAUAUGACGAUGAACCGCUACUUCAAGGAACAUUGAGUUCAGCUGGAGUUAUUGAAGUUGGUGGAACUAGUGUUCAACUUAUGCCAACUCUUGAUGGACGAUUAUUUUCUUAUGCGCAUAAAACGAAUUUAAUUGAACCUUUACCAAUUACAACCGAAUCAUUGUUAGAGGUAUGCUUAUUUUCUUCAUUUUUUUCUUCCAAGUAACAUGUGAUUGUUCAAAAAUCAAUAUUUCUAGUCAACAGUUCGUCUUGGACGUGAUGCAGUUGCUGGAGGAAAAAGUGUUUCAACAACGGGAAUCGAUGUUCUAACGGGAGAAAUUUAUUAUAAAUGCACACCAGAAUCAUGUGAUAAUAGUGAAAAUGCAGGUUAUAGUCAAAAUCCAACGUUGCUCAUUAAACGAAUUUCAAAUACAAUUCGAGCAAUGGAUUCGUUGAGAGGAACUGAGCGAUGGAAUUUGUCGACUGCUGAAUUGGAUUUGAGUUUGGCUGAAUUGGGAGUUGGAGAUAUUAGGAUUCCAAAAUCGAAGUUCUUGUUGAGACCACCUGAUGGAGUUAUCACAGCGGCGAAUCGAUUUGGAGAUGAGAAAUGGACUGUUAAUGUUGAUGGCCAUAUUGUCAAUGUCUGGCAUGUUUUUGGAAAUUCGAUUAGUGAGGUAAGAAAUUCGGGUGAAUUGUAGAAUUGAAUGUGAGACCUUUUUUUUUGAGAUAAAAACAAAACAUAAAAACAAAACAUCCGAAAAAUUAUUCAUUUUUUUUAAUUCCAGGUCUCACUCUUCGACCCAGCUAACAUUUUCACAACACAAAAUGAAGUUGGACAUCGAGGAAGUCGAAAUCUGCCAGCACAAUCCAGUCUUUUCUACAUGGGAACUUCGAAUGGUUAUCCUUUUAUUAUUCAGAGUAGCAAAGCGAAAGAGAACUUGAAGAAGAAGCUAAAGGAUAUGUCGAGUGUUGAUAUUAUUCGAGAACUGAGUCAACCAAUGUUAUGUUCAGCGAGUAAUGCAGCGCAAGGAUUGUCAUAUGAAGUUGAAGAUAAUACAUUGAGUAAGUUUUAUUUUGUUUCUAUUGAAAAUGGACAAAAAAUUAGAACAUGAAAAAUUUUUCAGUGUUACUUCUUCAUCGUGCAUUCCAAACUUCUCACUCAAAAAUGAUUGAAGAUAAAACAAACACACAAACCGGAAAUCGUCAAUCACUUGUUAUUGUUUCACAUGGCGAGGACGAAGAAAACUCCUGGAAAAGAUGUAUCAAUCCAAGAUCAUCAGGAGUUGCUCUAAUUGGCUCGGAAAAUCUUCGAUCAACUUCAAUGUAUAAUGAAGGAGACUAUGGAUAUCUUGUAUUAGAUUCUCAAAGUUGCAAACAAUCUUUGUCAAAUGCACCAAUUCCAGUUCAAGUGAUUCUCAAUUUUUCACAUUAUUUGAAAUAUAUGUUUGGUUUGAUGGCUUCAAGCCUUCUUGGAGCAUAUUAUACUUUUACACGUCUCAAAAAACGAUCGAUUCAUGCUAAUGAAGAAGAUUCUUCUCAAUGUACAUCAUCCACUUCUGCAUCUACUUCUGCUUCUACUUCAAAUUCUCAAUUGAAUGCGGUUAGUUUUGAUUUUGUUUUUUUCUCUUUAUUUCUUUUUAUGAUAAAAGCUUUUUUUUCAGAUUUGUUUGAUGCCACCAAGUCCAAAGGUGAAUGAAAUUUCCGAUGAAUUAAAGAUAGAGAUGUUCAACUCACCACAACGGAAAGUUCAAAGAUCUGCUAGUGAUAGAAAAGGUUCUUCUAAAUCAUUCUCGAGUUCCAUCGAAAAAUCUCGAAAAUCUCUUUCCACAUCAAAAAGACCGAGAAACUUUAAAGUGCGAAAUAAUUCGGUUGGAGAUGAAUUGAGUAGCAUUGAAGCUAGAAGAAGUUUGGAAAAACUGAAAAGUUUCGAGAGCAAAUUUGAGAAAGAUUUCAUUGUUGAAACAAUUAUUGGAUCUGGAGGAUUUGGAGUUGUUUUCAAAGCCAAAAGUCGUUUGGAUAAUAAUGAUUAUGCUGUGAAAAGAAUCGCCGUUGCAAAUACGUAUGUUUUUUUUUUGAAAUCAGGAUUUAUUGAUUGAAAAACAUAAUGAAUUUUUCAGUGAAAGAGCUCGUGAGCGUGUCAAGCGAGAAGCACAAACAAUGGCUGUUUUCGAUCAUCCUGGAAUUAUUCGAUAUUUUCAUGCUUGGGAAGAACAACCACCAAAUGGAUGGCAGAAAUUGAAGGAUAAAAAUCUGUUGGAGAGAAUCAAGAAAGAGCAGAAAAUAAAAAUGUUGGCUAAAAAGAUUGAAGAAAAGAAAAUGUUGUUGCAUUCGGAAGAUAAAUCAAAUCUCGAAUCGAUUGAGAUUCCAUCAAUGGUUGGAAAUACAGAAACAAGUAAUUCUGGAUUAAUGAAACCAAUUGGUGUUCGACGUGGAACAACGACUGAAAGUAAACGAGGAUUGGCUGGCAAAGAAGUGACAUCUGCAUCAAUUGGAUUCCCAUCGAUAGAAGCAACAUCGUUGUCCGGCCGAUCUUCAAAAGCUGAGGAUUCUUCAUCUGAUGAAUCUUCAUCUUCAGGAAGUGAAAUCGAUGAUGAUGAACUGGAAAAUGAUGUAUUUUCCUCUUCCGGUGGCAUCGAAUUCUAUGAUGAAAAUCAGAAAGAGAACAAAAAGUUAGAACGCAUAGAAGAAUCGGUUAGUUUUUUUUUAUGGAAAUUACAAUUAUUUUUUGUAUUUUUCCAGGAAAUGUUGGUUGAAACUGAAAACAAUGAAAUUGAAGUGAUCAAAAAUGAAAAUCCUGGCAGCUGUGUUUAUUUAUACAUUGUUAUGCAACUUUGUGAUGUUAAAACAUUAGCUGACUGGAUUUCGAAAAACAAAACCAAAGAAAGUCGGCCAUUAAAUAUGAUGAAACAUUGGAUUAAACAACUCGCUGAAGCACUUUCUUAUCUUCACGAGAAUGGUUUUAUCCACAGAGAUUUAAAGGUAAUUUUUACAUUUAAAAUUGCAAUUUAUUUCUAAACUUCAUAAAAAUUUUCAGCCUGGAAAUGUUUUCUUCGCGUUGGAUAACAAGAAGAAGGGUAGCACCACAUAUCGAACUUUGAAACUUGGAGAUCUUGGUUUGGCAACAAACACUAUUGGAAAUCAUAGUGUCGAGAAAAUCAAGGAAUCUGGAAAUGAAGCGAUUCAUACAAAAAAUGUUGGAACACGUUCUUAUAUGUCCCCAGAACAGGUAUUUCAAGUUCCUAAUUCAUUAUCCCACAUAUGAAAAUAUUUUCAGCUUGCCAAUCAACGUUAUAGCAAGAAGAUCGAUAUUUUUGCUCUUGGAUUAGUCGCGACUGAAUUGAUCAUACCAUUUGAUACAACUAUGGAACGAUUGAAUGUUUUUUGGGAUUUACAAGCUGGAAGACAUCCAAAAAUCUUUGAUGAUUAUCCAGAAGCUUCGGAAUUCCUUUUGCUUCUCACAAGCAUGAAUCCAGUUGAUCGACCAACCGCCGAUGAAGUUUUAGCCCAUCCAUUCAUCACUGAUUGUAAAUGA